AUGGAUCUGGCUGCUAUUAACCUGACUGAGCUAGUGAACGGUAUGCUGGACACGGCACUCAAAGGUACCAAAAAAUUUUUCUCUUUGCUGAGCGUUACGUCUUACAGCUCUUUUGCCUUCCACAAAGUGUCGGUCACCAUUUAUAACAUUUCUAACCUGAAAAGUGUUGACUCUGGCAAGUUCCCUAUGCAUCACUGCUACUGCUUGAACAACGUGACAAAUGACUUGACAGAUUUUACAGCUUUGCUUGUUGAUAUAAUUGGAAACUCCACCAGUUAUCUCACAGAAAUUUUCAAGUCUACUUCUAUUGUUUCAGUGAGUCAGCGCAAUGAUUCAGAUUGUAUCUAUAUCUGCAUGAUGACAGGCCAAACAGGGAAAAAUCUAUCUGACUUUUGGGAGAUGCUAGAGAAGUUUCCUGUGAUUAAUUACACAUUUUCCAGCAACACAUCCCCUAACUUGAAUCUAGAUUCAGUUUUUUCAAGUUUCAUGAAACUACAGGAAGACUCAAACAAAACCGUGGAUCCAUCAGCAGAAAAUAUGUGGAGAUCUAAACGUGCGCAAGUAUUCUCACACCUAAAUGUACAUUCUCCUUCUACGAGGAUCCCAGUUGCUCUGAAAGGCGAGGAAAUCCUUUCUACGAGGGUCCCACCAUGGCCCAAGACAGCUGGUGAAAAAGGAUCAGGGUUUCCACUGCUGGAAAACUGGGAUGCUUCAAAACUGCAAGGCACGGCUGGAGCCGCUCCGGAGAGCGCAGCCACGGCACCAGUCCCUGAAACGUCUGCAUUUUGGACACAGCCAGUGCUUCCUCAAGAUACAAGCAAACUGAUACAAACAGAGCCAGAUUUAUCUUCCUCAGUACUGUCUGUGCCACCCUACAGGCCUGGUGCGACACUAAAACUUCCCUCUGCUACCAGGUGUCCACAGGCAAUCCUCAAAGGGUCCCUGGUGACCUCGCCUCCUGCUACUGUUAUAGCUCAAAAGAUAAAUCCUUGUGUCAUGGAGCUGUGCAGAUUUUUCCAGCUGUGCCUCUGCGUUAGUCAAAGAAGAUAUUCAAGAAAGGAAGCUAUGAGGUACUGUGUUGAAUACUAUUCCUGGUUCUUGAAAAAUGCCAGUUAUGUUUGUGAAAAAGUCAAAAGACUGGCUUACUCCCGCACAUUAAAGCAAAAGUGCCUUAGAAACAUCUGUAAAUCUGUCUAGAGCACUGAGGAAUUUUACUGCAAAUCAGAAGAUCUGUGACAGUUUUAGUAGUCUCAUUUCCCAGUGUAAGAAAAAUGAAAUUGCAAUAUGCUAUUUGCAAAUAUUU